AUGUCUGUUACCGGUCUCCCGCUGCUUGACCCGUUGGUCAAGGCGAACGCCAAACGAACCUACAGCGUCUUUGCGUCAUGUCCAGAUGCGGGUAUCAGGGAAGAGGAGAAAAGCGCACGGCUGCGAUUAGCGGUCAAAAUAAAUGAUGAAUAUAAACACUACAAGCAGCUUCCUUCAGCGCUUCUCGAACAGCAAGCGCCAGUAGGACCCGCGCGACCGAAAGACCAGCGGAAAAUGAUAACAGCAGGGCGUACGUCGUUUGUUUAG